AUGGGAGAGGCUUUGCAGGAGCGCCGAGGGGCCGCCCUGCUACCCAGGAGCUGCUGCCGCCCCCAGGGAGUUGCCAGCAGCCAUGCUGAGCUGGCUGGCUGCAAGAUGACCUUCACCACCACCACUACACCGGCUGCCGGCGUGGCCCAGGCUUUCUUCUGCCUUCUACUCUGUGUCCCCUGGGGCAGCUCCUGCCCCCCCAGCUGCCAGUGCACGGAGCGGGCAGGGGCAAAGGCCGUCCUCUGCAGCUCCCGGCACCUGGAGGAGAUCCCCAAGGACAUCCCCAGAGAUGCGGUGUUCCUCAAGCUGGAUGCCAACAGCAUCACCAGGAUCCCCAGCAAUGCCUUCAGGCACCUCUCCCACCUGGAGGAACUCGAUCUCUCCAGGAACGCCAUCGAGAAAAUCGACAGGGCGGCUUUCAAAGGGGUGGCAGCAGGGCUGCGGACCCUCGACCUGUCCAGCAACCGCAUCCGCAGCAUUCCCAAGGAGGCCUUGCUGGCACUCAAUGCCAAGCUCCGACUGGCCAACAACCCGUGGCACUGCGAGUGCGCCUUGCAGGAGGUGCUGUGGGAGGCACGACUGGACCCUGACUCUGUCCAGGACAUCACCUGCCAUACGGCCCCACGGGAGGAAUAUGUGGGCAAGCCGCUGCUCCAGGUCCUGGAUGCCGGCGUCAACUUCUGCAGCGUGCGUCAGAGGACCACGGACGUGGCCAUGUUCAUCACCAUGUUCGGCUGGUUCGCCAUGGUCAUCGUCUACGUGAUCUGCUACGUCCGGCACAACCGGGAGGACACCUGCAAGCACGUGGAUUACCUGAAGCCACUGCCAAGCACCCAGGGCCACGCAGAGACCACCAGCACUGCCCUGUAGCACAGGGUUGGGGUGCCAGCUCACAGCUUCUUUGUAGGGAGCCAGCAGCCAACUGGUGGGCUUCAAAGCUUCUUGGUGGCAUCUCCCCAGUGCUUGCUCCAGUCCUGCAGACAAGUGGCACCGACCACCCCUCCCCUGGACGGAGCGUGAGCAAAGGACAUGGGGGAGGGAUGCUGGGGACGCCUCACGCAGAACAUGGAGACCAUGUUCCUGGGGGUGAACAACCCUGGCCAGACCCUUUUUCCCUGCCAGAGCUGGGCUCGCAGGGAAUGCAGCCCCAGCCACAUGCUCGUAGUUUGCACAGGUCAAGCCCCCGGUGGGAAGAGAUGCGGGUGGGGGUUUGUAGGGCCAGGAGGUCCCUGGGGUGCCAAGGGUCACUGCAGCAUGGUCACCCCAUCCUGGCUCCAAGCCUUGCAGAAAGCAGGACAUCAUCCCCAAGGCCCUGUGUAGUACCUCAGCAGCCUCUGCCUGCCUCCAGCAACCGGCGGGGUGGAUCUCCCAAACCUCUGGCUCCUCAAUAAA